AUGAAAAACUCUCCUCUCCUUUCCUCCAUCAUUCUCCUCUCAACCGCCUACUUUCCUCCAACGUUCUCCUCUCAACCGCCUACUUUGCUCCAUCUUUCUCCUCUCAACCGUCUAAUUUCCUCCAUCAUUCUCCUCUCAAGCGUCUCUUUUCCUCCAUCUUUCUCCUCUCAACCGUCUACUUUCCUCCAUCUUUCUCCUCUCAGCCGUCUCUUUUCCUCCAUCUUUCUCCUCUCAACCAUCUACUUUCCUCCAUCUUUCUCCUCUCAACUGUCUACUUUCCUCCAUCUUUCUCCUCUCAACCGCCUAGAUGUUUUUCUCCUCUCAACCGUCUACUUUCCUCCAUCUGUCUCCUCUCAACCGCCUACUUUCCUCCAUCUGUCUCCUCUCAACCGCCUACUUACCUCCAUCUUUCUCCUCUCAUUCGUCUCCUUUCUUUUAUCUUUCUCCUCUCAACUGCCUCCUUUCCUUGACCUUUCUUUUCACCGCCUCCUUUCCUCCAUCUUUCUUCUCCCAACCGUCUUCUUUCAUCUUUCUUCUCUUCCUUAG